AUGGCCGAUCAAUGCAUUGUCUGUCUAGAAAAUCUAGACACCGAGCCAUCAUUGACCCCACAAUUACCAGCUGCCGUCGUCGAUUCCUCGGACCCGGCAACAGCGGCAGAGACAGCAGCACCUGCUGAAGACUCGAGCUCCAGCAACAGCGACAAAAUAGCCCCCGAGAAUAACAACAGCAACACCAGUGAUGUAGCUUGCAUUCAGGUCUGCGGCCACAUGCUGCAUGACAUUUGUUUACGAGAAUGGAGCGAAAAGGCAAACAGUUGCCCCAUUUGCCGCCAAUCCUUCCAUCUAGUCCACGUCUAUGACAAAGUUGGAGGCACCCUUCUGUCGUCGUACGAAGUCGAGGAUAAAAAACAAGUUGCCGAGUUUGACCCACAGGCUUGGCUAGACGAGAAUCCAGAGGAGGAAGAGCUGGAUACCACACCAUGCCCGGUCUGCAACGCUGCGGACCAGGAAGACCUUCUCCUCCUCUGCGAUGGCUGCGAUACCCCGUACCAUACAUACUGCAUCGGUCUCGACAGCGUCCCCCAUGGUGCCUGGUUCUGCAUGGAAUGUGUUGAUCACCUGGGUCCCGAGGUGGCAGCAGCUGCGCAGCCCCCUUCCCCCAGAGCCGCGAACAGAUCUAGCUUCUUCCCACGUACCCAAGCCAGCGUGCGACGGGCCCGACAGCGAGCUCGGUCGGAUCAGUGGCAAGGGGCAUGGGGCCAGAUAGCUGGUCGGAUCUGGGAUGCCCUGAGCAUCGACCUCGACUACCACGACGACGACGAUGAUGCCUUGGAAGAUUACCGUCGAUCACAGCAGCUUCGGGAGCGGGAGCGCCAGGAACACCAACGCUGGCAGCAGCGACUUAACAUAGCUAGCCGCUUGGGAGCUCGGGAUGUCUUCGCCAAUAGCAUCCAGAAUGUCUUCGCCCCUCGAGUCAACCCGACACCGCGUCCACAGCCCGUUGAACAGACACGCGAGGAGAAAAGAGCGUGGGGUGCCUUCGAGAAAGCCAGGGACAGCGGCGAGUCAAGCUCGGCCGCCCGGAAACGGAAAUCGAGGUCCAUUACCGCCUCACCGGGCGAGCCUCGCCAAGAACCAGAGCGGAAGCUCAAGCGCCCACGGACCCGGCGGCUACCAGUCCAAAACUGUGAGGCUUCAUCAUCCAAGCCAUCUCCUGCUGCACCAUCGAAUGAGGCCGAUGCUGGCGGGUCAAUAUCUCACCAAAGACCCCAAUCGAACGGAAUAUCUCCACAGCCAACUGGUGGCGCUCCAUCGUUCCUGUCUUCCUUGCUCAAAGAAGUUGAACUGAGCACCCCGUCCGACGACGAGAAUAUCCGACAACAGUUUGGACCCAUACCAGGCGCCAACGAUAUGUCGUCACCGGCGAGCUCUCCUUCAGCGUCCGGGUAUAGCAGUCCCCGGGCAUCAUCGAUCACUCCACCUCCACGCCGUGAUGCCCGUCCAACCUCACCUAUCAUGAGCUUGAGCUCCCACAUUGCACCCGUAUACCCGCCAGCAAAUUAUUCGCCGACGCGAUCCUCGCCCGAUAACAGCGAUUCUGAGCAUCACAGCCACCGAGCGGGUGGUGCGUCCGAGCUGCGUCACCCACGACCUCGGCGGGCACACCCUGCCAAAUUACCCCGCUCCCAGGAUGUUUCACCUGCCAGGAGCCCGCUGCCCCUCUCGAUGAAGGAAAGCAUAAGUGGCAUUGUUCGCAGUGCCCUCAAGCCGCACUGGAAGUCCAGCAAGCUGAGCGCUGAGCAGUAUGCCUCCAUCAAUCGGGAUGUGUCUCGGAAACUUUACGAAGGUGUCGCCGAUGGGACAUCGAUCGACGAUGAGGCCAGACGAACUUGGGAGAAGAUGGCUAGGAAAGAAGUUGCUCGGGCGGUCUCAGAGAUCAAGGCGUGA